AUGCCUGCUUUGAAGAGCUCUUCCGCCGCCGAGGAAGAAGAAGACCAACUGUGUCCGAACCUGGAAGCCGAUCGAUUCAAUCCCGAAGCUCAGGGGGAAGAAGAUCCGGACGAUAUGGACCAAGAUGACGACGAAGGUGGAAGCGAGGAAGACGAAGAUGACGUGAAACGUGGCGAAGAGGAAGAGGAAGACGAAGUAGAAGCAGAGAACGAUGAAGCGUUAGAAGAAGAAGAUUCUGAGGAAACAAGCGAAUCUUUUGAUGACGAUGAGGAAUCAGAAUCACUGUAUUCGGGUGUUGAGCUAACGGAAAUCCGUAGGGACGUGCAAUGUCCGAUAUGUUUAGGUAUUAUAAGGAAAACAAGGUCUGUAAUGGGAUGUCUCCACCGUUUCUGCCAGGAAUGCAUUGACAAGUCAAUGAGAUUGGGGAACAACGAGUGUCCUGCUUGCAGGAAACAUUGUGCAAGCAGACGUUCUUUGAGAGAUGACCUAAGAUUUGAUGCCAUAAUUGCAUCCGUAUUCGGAGAUAUUGAUAGCUUUGAGGCAAAGGAAUUGGCUGUUCAUGAAGAUGAUUUGGCUCGGAGAAAGCAGAUUCAAGAAUCUAUAGCCCAGAUAUCGAAGAAACAAUCUGAGGUCCUUCUGAAAAGAAAGUCUGUCUUACCGAGAACACAAGGUAUUGGUAGCAGUUCUGGAAGAAGAAGGAACUGCAGAAACAUGGAACAGGAAACAUUAGAAGAAGCCGAUGAUGAUGAUGAUGAUGAUGAUGAUGAUGAUAACAACAACGGAGGAGAAGAUUCGUCUUCAGAUGAGCCCUAUGCCGAAACACAGCGGAGGAAAAGAAGAAAGCGCUCAACACCUCGUUCUACAGCUCAGCCUUCUUCUUCAGUUCCAAACGACAACGAUAAUAAUGGCGCAGAGGAGGCGCAUCAUAGAGACAGCAGCAGGGGAAUAGCACCUGGGCUUGUACGGAACCCGGAAAUGCUUGUAUGGGGAGGAGGCGGUACAAGGAGUAACUCAAGGCAAGGGGGUCAUUACCAAGGAGUUAGUAGUAAGAAUGUGAGGACUGCUCGGUUGAACAGACUUGUGGAGUAUCUCGGGAGCUUAGAGAGUAGCAGCAGUGCUGAGUUGGAUAUUCGUCUUAAGCUUAUAUCGGUGGACACAAAUUGUAUAGCAAACAUACCUGAGCCAUAUCUCUGUUGCCGACCGACGAUGCUAGUCAGACAGCUCCGUGAACAUGUUGCACUCCAGACGCAUUUAAAGGCUGAAGAGGUUGAAUUGUUGGUGACUAAAGAAGAGGACAAGGCAACAGAGAAGAUGCAAAGUGUUAAAGAUGAUGAAACCUUGGCAAAGCUCAAAGCUGACUGCGUUUCAGGCCAAGACUAUUUGAUUGUAGCGUACCAGCAAAAGCAAAUCGGGUAG